ACAUUUUUCCUGGAUUUGCACUCACCUGAGGUGCAUUAUCAGAAGCUGCAGUGAAAAGACCUGGUGGAUUUUAAAUCAAACAGCACAAUUUGAAAUAUCUUGAUUUUGUAAAUCACAACCAGUUGGUAAACCCAAAUGAUUAUUUGCAGAUACUACAUCCCUUAAUCUUAAUGCCGUUAGUCAAUAAUAGGUGGUAACUUUAGUGAAGCAAUCUGUUUUCUUCCCUGAAAUUGACAGGUUUUGAUUUGUCUUCACAGCUGUGGUUCAAACAACUGAUGUUGAGCUUCAGGAUGUUGUACACUUUCGGCUAUUCCUUGUCGCUGUUUACGCUCAUAACGGCUCUUAUUAUUCUUAUGAGCUUGAGGAAUCUGCGUUGCACCAGGAACUACAUUCAUGCCAACCUCUUCCUGUCUCUCAUCCUGCGAGCUGUAUCGGUCAUUAUUAAAGACACCAUGCUUGACCGCCACUGGGGAAGAGAAAUCAUGAAACAAACUGAUGUAAAGGACAUGCUCAGUGACGAGGCUGCUAUUGGCUGCAGGAUAGCUCAGGUAGUGAUGCAGUACUGUGUCCUGGCCAAUCACUAUUGGUUCUUUGGAGAGGCCAUUUAUUUGUACUCUGUGCUUAUUGCCUCAGUGUUCAUCGACAACAACAAAUACUUACCUUACAUCUGUCUUGGCUGGGGAACUCCACUUCUUUUUGUGGUUCCAUGGGUGGUGAUGAAGCAAUUGAAAGAAAACAAAGAGUGUUGGGCUGUCAAUUCCAACAUGAACUACUGGUGGAUCAUACGUUUCCCCAUCCUUCUUGUUUCACUAAUCAACUUUCUGAUUUUCAUCAAGAUCUUGAAAGUCGUUCUUUCAAAAUUACGAGCCAGCAGCCAAAGCAGAUUUGCGGAUUACAAACUCAGGCUUGCCAAGGCAACACUCACCCUCAUCCCUCUGUUUGGCGUUCAUGAGAUCAUUUUCAUCUUUGCAACAGAUGAGCAGACAUCAGGUGUUCUGCGAUACAUUAAAGUCUUCUUCACCCUUUUUCUCAAUUCAUUUCAGGGCUUUCUGGUGGCUGUGCUUUACUGCUAUGCCAAUAAAGAGGUUAGGACAGAGCUGAAGAGGAAGUUUCGCAGCUGGAGGAUAGAGGCUGAGGUUGUUUGCUGUGGACAGUGACUAGCUGUUUUUGGCUCUCGUGUGGAAACGUUCUCCAACGCCAAAGUGACAGAGCGCAACAGAUCCUCCGUAACGACCAUAAGAGCAAUGACUGAUGGUUCACCGACUCCUGAGAGUUCACUUCUUUCUAGAUGCCAACUUCAACCAACUUCACCACAGCCUAAAGCUUCUUUGCUGCAGAAUCCAUCAGUGGAGAAUCGAGACAAUUCUAUGCAGCAUUUGGACCAGGAGGACAUUGGACAAUCGUCAGUGGCAAUGCAGGUGUCCUUCCUCAUUCACCUUCAAGACCCUGUGGAGUCACUCCCAAAUGCUGUAAAUAUGGACUCAGAUUGAAUAUGUUUUGGCAUUGACUGUACAUUUUAAGAUGAUAUUUGGUCUGUUGUGACUUGUGAAUACUUAAAAUUGUGAAUAAGUAAUUGUUAUAUGAGUUGUACAAUUGUGAACUUGUGAUUAUUUAAGACUUGACUAUCUUUCAUACAAAUGGAGUAUAGAAAUUAAACGUAUAUUUGUUUACACUAAA